AUGCAGACAUUUGGUGCAUUCCUCGCUGCCCUCGUGGCCACCGGCUGCCUCGCUGCCGCCCUCCCGGCAGAGUCGCAGGGCGGCUUCUCAGUGCCCGUAGUCCGCAACACUGAGGCGGAAACGAACGGGUUCGCCGCCUUGCAGAGGACGCUCAACAAGUUCAACAUGGUCAUGCCCAGCCCUGACGAACUCAGGGAGGCGGCGACCCACUCCAAGGUCAAAACGGUCGACAGGUUGACGACGAUCAACGACAAGAGAUGGACCGGACAUGUCGCCACCCAGCCCCUGGCCCAAGAUUCCAUGUACAUCACCGAGGUGCACAUUGGCACGCCGGCUCAAAAGUUGCGGCUCGACAUUGACACUGGAUCAAGCGACCUGUGGGUCUUCAGCACGGCGCUGCCUCCGGACCAGGUGAACGGCCAGAGGCUCUAUAACCCAAAGAGGAGUCAAUCUGCCAAAAAGCUCGAGGGCGCUACUUGGAAGAUCCACUACGCCGAUCAAAGCGGCAGCAGCGGGGACGUCUAUAUCGACAACGUCAGUAUCGGCGGCUUGAGAAUCAAGGGCCAGGCAGUCGGGGCGGCCAAAGAGGUCAGCAGGCAAUUCACUAAGACACCCGACUGUGACGGAUUGCUCGGCUUGGCCUUUAGCUCUCUCAACACGAUUAGGCCCAAGCCACAGCUCACCUUUUUGGACACGGCAAAGGGGCAUAUCAAGCAGUCGCUGUUCACAGCUAACCUCAACCACCACGCCAACGGGACAUACAAUUUUGGGUUCAUUGACAAGAAGGAGCACAAGGGCCCCAUCACCUACACCCCAGUCAACAACACCCAGGGCUUCUGGGGAUUCAGCUCUCCGGGAUACGUCAUCGAUGGAGUGUACUAUGAGCAGAAGGUAGACUCCAUCGUCGACACCGGCACCACGCUCAUGUAUGUGCCCGAGAACAUUGUCGAUCAAUACUGGCUUCCAAUUCCAGGAGCGAUACUGUACUGGUGGUCGUGGGCAUAUCUCUUUCCAUGCGACACGAAGCUCCCUGAUUUCGCGUACAAGGUGGAGGGUUCCAUGGUCACGAUUCCCGGCGAAUAUCUCGACCAUGGCUUUAUCGGCACGCUCGAGGGGGUUAGAUUGUGCUAUGGCGGCCUGCAGAGCAACCGUCCCUUGCGCGGCUUCAGCAUCCACGGAGACGUGGCGCUCAAGUCGUCGUUGGUUGUCUUUGAUGAGGGCAACAUGAGGCUGGGCUUUGCGCCCAAGUUGUGA